GCGAUAUUGCUUUGUCCAGAGUUUAGUAUCGCCAUAACAGCUAAAAGUGUGAGAUGGCAGGCAUACUGGACGUCCCGAAACCAAGAAUAACCUGCGCUUUGCUGUCGCAGUACAUCAACAGACCGGUCUGCUUCGUCGGGCGGGUUGAAAAGGUUCACCCGACAGGAAGAACGUUCACAGUCUCGGAUGGAGAAGGACAGAUUGCAACAGUUGAACUUAAUGACCCUCUUGAAGAAGAGCUGAGCGGUGUUGUGGAGGUGAUUGGUAUGGUGUCCAACAAAGGAGCAAUAAUGGCCACCACAUACAACAUGCUGCGCGAGGACAGGGGCAUUCCCUUUGAUUUAGAGCUGUAUACUGAAGCCCUGAAAGUCAUCCAUGAUUUCCCCCAGCACUACCCCUUUGAAGUGGCAGCAAGUGGAUGAGGCUCACAUGUGAAGUCACUUAAGAUUGUCUUAAAGUUCAGUGUUGGUUUGUUUCGUGUGCUCAGUUUGUGUUGUCAGUAAAACAGAGUUGUACAAAAGAAAUUCUUUAAUACCAAGUAUGUUCUGGCGGUCAAAUUAAAAUCUGUAAAUCUCAAA